AUGGAUUACCAAACUUUCAAUGGCCAUAAUAAUCCCUCGUUGGGCGGGGGGCAGUUUAACAACUCGCCACAACACUCGCAGCAGUUCGACCCACAAGCCCGGCUGCAGCAAUCAAACCCGUCGAUUUCCUAUGGCGGCCAGUUCCCAACCAACGGCCAAGCCACUGCCUUCCCGCCCAUGGGGGGCGCCAUGGGCGGUGGUAGUGUGAUGCAGCCUGGAAUGCCGCAGAACCCACGAGCAGCCGCCGCCUUGCAUCAACAACAGCAACUGGCCCAGCAGCACCAGCACCAGCACCAGCACCAGUCAGGCGGGCCCUACUCGAGUGCGCCCUCGCCAUUCACCGGCCAGACGGUCAUGUCCCCUGCCCACCAACAACACUUUGCCCACAAUCGCCAAACAGCCUCGCCUGCAAGCAACAACGGCCAGCAGCCAUACGCGACUCCCCAGCCACAGCCAUCCCCAGGCACUCUGCCUUCCAACGGUCACCCUCGCCACCACCAGUCACACUCGAUGAACAUCCAGACCCCGCUCAAGUCGGAGACCCCGCAGGUCCACACGCCCGUCAGGCAAGUGCCGCCUUCGCCCGUGUCGCCAGUCGCCCAGGCCCGCGCCCAGGAUCGCAUGGCCACGUUGCUGGAGAUCAACAGCAUUCUCAUCAAGGAAGUAUGCGACUUGCAGGCGCAGGGGAAAGCAGGCCAGGUAAAUCCUGCGCCAGAUGGCAAACCAGACGGCGACAAGCCUCAGCCUUCGAAGGAAUAUGUCGAAUAUAUGCGCCGCCUGCAAGUCAACCUCGCCUACCUCGCGCAAUCUGCCGAGAAAACCCAAAAGGCAGGCCAACCCAUCCCGCCCGGUCCUGCCAUCAUGUCCGCUCCUUCCUCUCCCGUUGAACUCGUCAAACUCUACACCAAACUCCAGGACCUCUGUCCCGGCUGGAAAGGAGCACCGACGCAGAUGAAGCAAUCACCUGGCCCGCAACAGCGCAUGCACUCGGCCACACCUCAAGGCGGACAGCAACUCCCACCCUCGCAACAAUUAUCCACGCCACAGCAGCAGCAGCAUCAACAAAAUCAACAACAACAGCAGCAGCAACAGCAACAGCCACCAAACAGUGCAGGCCUCCCACCGCAAAACUGGGCGCAAAUGCCCAUGGGCACACCGCAACAGGGCAUGAACAUGGGCAUGGGCAUGAACAUGAACUUGACCAUGAUGAACACCCCCACCCAACCCAAGUCCGAACCCCCAAUCUAA